UCCUAUAAACUUUGCAUUUGUGACCAUUUCCUCAAAACACUUCUCUCUCUAAAUCUCUCUCUAAAUCUCUCUCUCUCUCUGCCUUAUAAAUUUAGAACUUCGUUUUAAGUUUGGAAAAGAAAAAAGAACAGAGAAGAAUAGAGAAAGGAAAUGGGAAUUUUUGACUCUGUUUCUGAUUUAAUCUCUGAUUAUGUGGCCACUUCAAGGCAAAGGAAAAAAAAACCAUUGCAGACCGUGGAGAUCAAAGUUAAAAUGGACUGUGACGGAUGCGAACGACGAGUAAAGAAUGCCGUCACCAAAAUGAAAGGUGCUAAGACGGUGGAAGUAAACAGAAAGCAAAGCAAAGUAACGGUGACGGGAUUCGUGGAGGCGAACAGAGUAUUAAAGAAAGUGAGAAGAACGGGAAAAAGGGCGGAGUUAUGGCCCUACGUUCCGUACAACGUGGUGGCCUAUCCGUACGUGACGCAGGCUUACGACAAAAGAGCGCCGGCCGGCUUCGUCAAAAACGCCGUUCAAGCAAUCCCAAGCCCUAAUGCCGUCGACGAGAAGCUCACCACUAUGUUUAGCGAUGACAAUCCUAACGGCUGCUCCGUUAUGUAAUUUUCAACAAUUUUCUAUGUUUCGUUUUUUUCUUUCUUUCUUUCUUUGUUUUUGUUAAAUUAUAAAAUAUACAAAAUCGAAGUUUCCCAUUUUUACUUCCGAAAGUA